CAACAAUCGCAAAUCUGCACAAAGCCGUUCGUUCUGACCCUACCCCUCUUUCCAUUUCUGACAGCAAUCCUUUGCAAAUAUGGCGACGAACUCGAAGAUCUUCACUUUAGAGGGCAAAGGCCUGAAACUUGAUACUGCAGCUGAUGUAGAGCCACAUAUCAAGGCCCUGAGGGAGAUGGAGGAUGUCGAGGAGGUUAGAUUUUUAGGCAAUACUUUGGGCGUAGAAGCUUGCAAGGUGAUAGGAGAGGUGUUAGAGACCAAGAAGACCCUACAGAUUGCCAACCUAGCCGACAUAUUUACAGGACGUUUGCUGAACGAAAUCCCGCAAGCACUUUCCUCGCUCCUUACCGCUCUGCUGACCCUCCCAAAACUGCACACGGUCAACCUCAACGACAAUGCGUUCGGACUCAACACCCAAGCACCUCUCGUUGCUUUCCUCUCCUCGCACGUUCCUCUGCAACACCUAAUUCUAAACAACAACGGUCUAGGACCACACGCUGGGAUUCUGAUUGCAGACGCGCUCUCCGCCCUUCAUGCCAGGAAAGAAGAGGCCCGAAAAGCUGGCAAAGAAGUACCAAACCUCGAAACCGUAAUCUGCGGCCGGAAUCGUCUGGAGAAUGGAAGUAUGACAGCCUGGGCGAAGGCGUUCAGUUUGCAUACUGGAAUCAAGACGAUCAAGAUGGUGCAGAAUGGUAUUCGACAGGAGGGUAUUACGCAUCUCCUCACCGAGGGGCUACGACAUGCGAAGGGUAUCCAGGUUUUGGAUUUACAAGACAACACGUUUACCUUGAUGGGUGCCAAGGCUUUGGCGAGUGUCACCCCUGGGUGGACCGAGAUCCAAGAACUUGGUGUUGGCGAUUCAUUACUCAGUGCAAAGGGUGGACUGGCGGUUGCCGCUGCGCUUGCGAAGGGAGAGAACACGAAGCUUGAGAUUUUGAGGUUGCAGUACAAUGAUAUUACAGCCAAGGGAUUAGAAGCCUUUUCAAAGGCGGCGAAGGAUGCUUUGCCAGCUCUGAAGAAAAUUGAGUUGAACGGCAACAAGUUUUCUGAGGAGGACCAGUCAGUCAUGCUAUUAAGGGAACUGCUGGAGGCACGCAAGGAGAAGUUUGCUGGAGAAGUAGUUGUGGAAGAUGAGUGGGGUCUUGAUAGCUUGAGUGAUCUAGAGGAGGAGAGUGAGGAGGAAGAAGAAGAGGAAGAGGAAGAAGAGGCAGAAGAAUUGAGAGAGAAGCUACUUGAGGAGGCCGAAGAAGCUCAGGAGGAGCCGGUGGCGCAGAAGAAGGAUAAGGAUGUGGAUGAGCUUGCGGAGGAGUUGAAUAAGGCGACUAUCUGA